CAGACAAAUAAACUGAUUGCAAGAUCGCCGUUAGCUACAAGCAGGAUGUCGGGAAUGCACAAGUUUGUCUGAUCGUUAUCGUUCUCCUUGUGGUGCAAGGGACCCAUGGCAACACCCUCGAUGCCACCGUCUCUAGAGAAAUGUGGGCUGAACUGAUGAGGGAACAUCCACGACAGCAGGUGUCUGCGGCAAGGGCUGCUACUUGGAAUCGCCGGAACGACGCAUUUCUUCGAAUACAACAUUUUGACAAGACUAACCCGUGCAAGAAUACAUUUGCGACACCGCUAGUGAAGUGUGGUGACGCUGCCGAUCACUUGUGCUGAUGACCAACCUUGUGCAAGUCAGACACAAAAAGUGUUUUUACCAGGAAAAUGCUGCCCCCAAUGCAGAGGUGAAGAUGAUGUGCCGAGAGUUACAGAGUGGUCGAAUGGACAAAGUGCAGUGACACAUGUGGCCAAGGACAGAGAGCAAGAAGCAGGACCUGCAUCGUACCCGAGAAUGUUCCAAACGUGGGGGAUUGUUCAGGAGUCCCACUGCUGGAGUUUGGAACAUGUAACCUCACUCCCUGCCCUGUUGACUGUGAAUGGGAGUAUGGAAGGUGUGAGAGGUGUUCGGCAACCUGUGGAAGUGGGACAAAACUCUGUCCACCAGUCAUCACACAGAAACCAGACCACGGAGGAAGAGAAUGCCCUGAUUUUGUUCGCAAUGGAGAGUCACGACUACUGGAGUGCACGGAUCUUUGACCUUGCCCACCUGUUGACUGUAAAUGGGAGUAUGGAAGGUGUGGCAAGUGCUCGGCAUCCUGUGGCAGUGGGACACGACAGUGUACACCAAUCAUCACACAGGAACCACAGUACGGAGGAAGGGAUUGUCCUGGUUUUGUUCGCAACGGACAGUCAAAACUGUUAGAGUGCACCGACCUCGAACCUUGCCAACCUGUUGACUGCGAAUGGGAGUAUGGAGAAUGUGACAGUUGCUCGGUCACCUGUGGUAAAGGGAAUCACUUCUGUCAACCAAUCAUUACGCAACAACCACAGCACGGAGGAAGAGAAUGCCCUGAUUUUGUUCGCAAUGGAGAGUCACGACUACUGGAGUGCACCCAUCCUAAACCUUGCCCUGUUGACUGUGAGUGGGAAUACAGAGAUUGCAGCUCCUGCUCACCAUCUUGUGGCUCUGCAACCAAGACCUGCACUCCAUUCGUCACUAGAGCUGCAGAAAAUGGAGGAGAGGAAUGCCCUGUGAUUGAACCGGUGGAAGUGGAGUGCACUGAUCUUCCAGAAUGCCCCUGCUACGGUUAUCAUGAGUGUACAAAAAAUUCGGAAAGAGAACAUAAAAAGCGUGCUUAACGUGAGCAGUAAGACACCCAAACUGUGAAUGUCUUCGGGUAAAAGCCGGAGUCGUAGUCCUGGACUAUGAUGGGUGACUACAUACGCAAUGAAUGUGGACAACUGCGUAAAAGGUUAUAAAUCCUGGUCCAAGAAGAUUAGAGACAAUAAUACCGUAGGUGACGCUGGCUGUGGACUUUAUGGAUGCUAGAGAGCAAGAUUUGAUGGCCCCAAUUUGAAAGAGAUUGCUGCUGCCAAUAAUGGAAAGUUGUGGAAAUGACUACAAUAAAAAGACUUGGUUGUGAAGUGUCAAGACUUAUAGCCAUGCUAGUUAGAGUUUACGUAGAGUUUACAGUGACCGUUUUGUAUUAGCACGUCAUGCACAGCAAGGGCGACAGUACUUGGUCCUAUGACCAGUUGGUGUAAUACUCUGUUAUUCAACAUCACAAUCAUUUUGCGCGUGCCACAAGUGAACUCAGUUUCUCAUCCCGCGGUGGUCGACUAUUAUUAUGGACGAUUUG